AUGUUAAGUUGUUUUAUAUCGUCAAUUUCAUCUACCCCGGAAAUGGCCAUGGUGUUAGUUAUUCCCUUUACCGUGAUCGUUGAGAUGUUUGCUGGUCUAUUUAUAAAUUCAGGAGAAUUACCCGGAUGGUUAAGUUGGCUUAAGUACACAUCAUUCCUUCACUACACCUAUGAGACACUUAUGAUUUGA